GAUUAUAUAAUGCUUCGCAGAAGAGAAGCGUGAGGGCUGUGACCGGCCUUGUAGGACACAGCAGGAUUAUUACACAGUAUGGGCGGUGGGGUUUGUUUGUUUGUUUUUUGUUUUUCUCAGUUGAUCUUGGGUUGCUGGCCCUUAAAACUAAAACACCACAAAUUGUCAGAGAGCAUAAAGAAGGAAAACAAGUGUGUAAUCUUAGGAGGCGAAAUGAUUUGCAUUUGCGAAAAAUUUCUUUAAGAAAGGUGUGGAAUGCUACUAGCCAGGUGGCAUUGAACUUGAGAGUUUACCUGAAGGAUAUGGGUUCGGGUUUCCCCACCCCCACCCCCCUGCUGAGCCGGGCCCCUCUCAGUCUGCAACUGUGUAGGGAUUUUGCUUGGUUGUUACCUUUGCACCUGUCCCUAUUUACAUGCAAAAUCAAUUGCUUCACUUGGUCUUUUCCGAAGUACAGGGUGUGGGCAGAAUCUUAUCUGAAGCCAUGUCCUGUUUGGACAAGUUGGACUCGCCUUGGCAACUCUCCACAGGGUGGAGCAGAUGGGUGGAGGCAGAAAGUAAAAUUGGGUGGCUUGUUAGCAGAGAGAGGAGAGAGGGCGGAUUGUUUGCUCGUCGGAUCAUUAUAUUUAAUCUAAAACUAAAUAAUUAACUUCUUUCCCAUUUACAAAACAUUUUGAUGCAAAAUGGCUAAUCUAAUUUGUGAGGGGCAAAGAUUUAGAACUACUCCGUGGAAUUUUUUCCUCUCAAACCAACACUAGGAGACAAAGGCCAAACACCAGAGCACCCUAGAAAGCCGAACUAAAAGAAUGCUCAUGUUUGACCCAGUCCCUGUCAAGCAAGAGGCCAUGGACCCCGUGUCAGUGUCCUACCCAUCCAAUUACAUGGAGUCGAUGAAGCCCAACAAGUACGGCGUCAUCUACUCCACACCGUUACCGGAUAAGUUCUUCCAGACCCCGGAGGGCCUGUCGCACGGGAUGCAGAUGGAGCCGGUGGACCUGACCGUGAACAAGCGCAGUUCCCCGCCCUCUGCAGGCAAUUCUCCUUCCUCGCUGAAGUUCCAGCCCUCGCACCGAAGAGCCUCGCCCGGCCUGAGCAUGCCCUCUUCCAGCCCGCCCAUGAAGAAGUACUCGCCGCCUCCCCCGGGCGUGCAGCCCUUCGGCGUGCCGCUGUCCAUGCCCCCGGUGAUGGCCGCCGCCCUGUCCCGCCACGGCAUCCGCAGCCCCGGGAUACUGCCCGUUAUCCAGCCCGUCGUGGUGCAGCCGGUCCCCUUCAUGUACACCAGCCACCUCCAGCAGCCGCUCAUGGUCUCCUUGUCGGAGGAGAUGGAGAACUCAAAUAGCAGCAUGCAAGUACCUGUAAUUGAAUCAUAUGAGAAGCCUAUAUUACAGAAAAAAAUUAAAAUAGAACCGGGGAUUGAACCACAGAGGACAGAUUAUUAUCCUGAAGAAAUGUCACCCCCUUUAAUGAACUCAGUGUCCCCCCCGCAAGCACUGUUGCAAGAGAAUCACCCGUCGGUCAUAGUGCAACCAGGAAAGAGACCUUUACCUGUGGAAUCUCCGGACACCCAAAGGAAGCGCAGGAUCCACAGAUGCGACUAUGACGGAUGCAACAAGGUGUACACUAAGAGCUCUCACUUGAAAGCCCACAGAAGAACACACACAGGAGAAAAACCCUACAAAUGUACAUGGGAAGGAUGCACAUGGAAGUUUGCUCGGUCUGAUGAACUGACAAGACAUUUCCGAAAACAUACUGGAAUCAAACCUUUCCAGUGUCCAGACUGUGACCGCAGCUUCUCCCGCUCUGACCACCUUGCCCUCCAUAGGAAACGCCACAUGCUAGUUUGAAUGGCUCCGUCCCCCGCCUCAGCGUGGUUCCCCACUCUCCCGGCUCUCUCUCUGUCCUCCUUCCCAUGAUCUAACUCAUUUUUUACAUGUACAUUUUAAUUUGGAUUCAGCUGGUCUGAAUCUCUGAAUUUAUAUCAUUCAAACUUCCAUAUGGUCAGUAGUAGAUGUUCUCUAAUCCUCCUCUCCUUACCACGGGUCAGACCUAAAGAAUGUGAACACUUUUUUUUUUUUUUUUUUUUUCCGGGGAUGCUAAGCAAACCCUUCUUACAGAUACGUUUAAUGUAAUGAGAACAAGGGAACAUGUAAACUUAAAAUAACCAAUUGUCGGUUUCUCCAUGUAUUUCUCAAAAGAAUGUCAAAGUAAAUGUAUUAGAAAUACAGUAUCCAGCCUGCAAGUCCUUGCCAGGGACGUUCAUACCUCUGUGCCCUGGGAUCGUAUUUUGUGCUUGCCAGCAAGAAGGGUGGACCCUCUCCCAAGCUAGGUAGACAUGGAGCGAGAUUUCAGGUAGGACCGUCCAUCCACUCUUCUUCCCUUCAAUUGCCCUUCACAAAUCCUGCUUGUCAACUCGGAUUUAUCACGUCCUCUAAAUUAAGUCCUCGAUACUCCUUUGGGCCUGCAGCUAACAAGGAGGUCUUUGCCACCCCUGGAGCUGAGCCAGAGCUGCUGAUUUAGGCGGGUGAUGUCUGUCAGUGAAGGGCUGAAUGCUCUCCUUGCCCAGCACGGAGUCAACAAAGGGGCAUGGCGCAGGGGAGAAGUGUGGGGGGGAGGGAAGAAGCCGGCCCUUCCUCCUAGGCGAGGGCUCUCCGGUGAGGUUUCAUCAUAGGGUUCGCUGCGCAAGGCAUCCCCAGAGCUUCAGUCUCUAUGCUCAACUGUGCAGAAGCAUACAGCAAAGCCGAAAAUGGAUGGAGUUAUCCCUGCCCCUGUCACCAUUCCUCCAAUGUCCUUAACGUGGGUCAUCGAGCAUUGACUGUUGGGACAUCACAACAAUAUUUUGCCCAGUAAUGGUAAAAAAAAAAAAAAAAAAAAAAAAUCUUUUGGGUAAGAAUAUGGGUGGCCUUUUACCCAACCUACUUAACAGCUUUUUUUCUUUGCAAACAGAGAAACGUUGAGGGGUAAUUGUAUUCCCAUAUCAAAUUACUCAUACAGCUUUUAUACAGAAACUCUUCUGUGUGAACCAUAGGGUGCCAAGUGGGCUGUCAUUUGUGUUUGUGAUGCAUACCGUAAGUAUCUGCUAAUGCUUUAGUGGAUGCAUUCAAUGUCAGACCUGAGUGACAAGAUAUGUAAAUAUAACUAGUUGUGAAGCACAGAUACCUUCAUUCGGGGGACAGAUUUCUGAAAAACAAAACAAAAUAAAACAAAAACAAAAACAAAAAACAGAAAACCACAGUUCAGGGAUUUAUAUCUUUAGAGUUCCAGAAUUCCCCAACAUUUACUGUUUUAAAGAGCUGGAAAUUGAUCACUAUCAAGUAUCCCCUCAGAAGAAGCUGAAAAUGACUCGUGUUUAUGUUAAAGAUAAAUAGCGCCAUUAUUCGGGGGAAGUUUUGUGUUUAGUUUUUGUUUUUCAAAAGCUGGCUUUUGAGCACCAUAGUCUAAAUGCCAAUAAAAAUAAUUCAUGCAUAGAAAUGUCAUUGGUUCUAAAUUUGAAGAAAGUGGGUGACGGUGGUCAAAUGUGGGUGCAUAUAACCAAAUGCGCCUUCAUCCCUCGAUAAAGGACGGAAGAGAAGAGAGAAGAAUGGAAUCCUGAAGAUUCAUCCCAGCCGCAACUCAGGAUCCAACACAACCUUAACUGGGAGGAAUACAUUGUUCAAUUGUUUUUAAAACAUCAGUGAAUGUGUGAUUGUGGAGGCCUGCAAAUCGUGUGGGGAGCUUACUUUGAUGGCGCUGUUAAUAAAAGUUAGUUGUAGGGACUGUGCACCUAAGAGAUCCCACUCGUCAGCCCUCUGAACCAGCUGAAAGGAAAUGUAGUUGAGAAAUGCAAAGUCAUUUGUUACCUUCUUGGCACUUGGUUUCGAUUUUCUUUCUUUCUUUUUUUUUUUUUUGUGUGUAAGCACUGCAAAAUUUGUUUAGAAUAUUAAAACCUCCUAAUUGGGCUUUUUUUGUCUGUGUUUUUGCAACUAUGACAUGAAUUGAGGGAUAAAAAUGGCUCUUGGGAAAGUAGGUAUUGUCUGUACUGUAAAUGCUUAGUCACAUUCAUGCCAAAGUGUUUAUUUCUAGAAGUGGUUCUUUCGCAACACACUGAAGAAUCAAGUUGGGAUGCAAGGAACUUUUUUGUUUUAAUGGAGAUGACCAGUAUGUGUGUGUUCCAACCCAUAGAGAAGGUAGGGGAAAAAGGCAAGAAAGGGUAGACUGGUCAUCUUUGAAUAAUUAGCUUUGAGUGUGAGUCCAGUUGAUAGAAAGCUUCGUAGGUUCUCAUGAAAUUUGAGGUGUUUGUCACGGCAUAUUUAAAUUUUGUUCAAAAGAGCAAGCAAGACCCUGCAAAGAGUAUUCCAUUACUAUUCAGCUUGCCUAGGUUAUGUUAACCAUUCAUUAACAAAGAUCCAUUUUAACUCGGAAAGAAAGGCAACCCAGAGAGGCCUUUCUCUGUUCCCAUUACUGGCCUAUAUACUUUAGUUGACUGAUUGGCUCUUGACCAAAUUUUCCUUUUUUAUAUAUAUUUGUAUUUUACUAUGAUAGUUGAGAAAUUUAGUCUCUUAGACAUUUUUAGCUGUUAUUGUGGAAGACCUCAAAUACAAGAUAGAUGCCCUUGAACAUGUGGUUUUAAUGAUGUGCCAUGUUACUAUCAAUGGUGGUUUUAAAUUGCCAUAUUUUACAUUGAUGAGAAUGAUUUGUAAACAUGAAGUUAGUGUUGUAUAAAUUCUGUUAUAGAGUUUCUUCUGAUUAUUGUCCAGGUGUCAUCUUGGGGAAGUCAGAAAAAUUAAGGCUGAAUGCAUCAUAUUUUAGAGUUCUGAAAUGUGAAUUUACAUCAUAAAUGGGCAUUAACAUUCUAAAUCAUCCGGUGUGGAGAAUGUUAGCAGCAUAGCUAUGUUCAACCAAGGAAAUGCUAACUACACGGAAGUUUGAAGAGCCUUGGAACAGAUUUAUAGGGGAACUAUAGAUGUAUAUUUUAUUAAACACCCAUCUGCACUAUCAGUGUUGCACUAAUGUGGAAUUUGAAAGACUUUAUUGCUGAUACUGUAUAUCUAUCUGCACGUCAUUCCUGAUUAGAUUGUUUUAAAGACAAUCUCAAAGAUCUAAGGUUUGAAAAUAAUUUGGUUUGAAAAUAUACAGUCAUCUUGAAGGAAUUGCUGUUAUACAUGAAGUUGCUCAGAGUUGUCUUUAUUCUCUUCUCGGUCGAAGUUAACAAUUUCUAAAUGAUCGCAAAUUCACUUAAUACAUUUACAAAGCCAUUUUACAUGCAUUAAACGAGGGCUACAACAAUAUUACGUUUUACAAAUACUAGCACUUUUUUUUUUUUUUUGCUGUUAUGUACUUAGUGUUAGAGGGUCAAAAUAAUCUUUCUGCUUAGCAUCUCUUAAACCAUACCUGCAAGUAUAGCAGGAUUAUUACAUUUACAGUACUUUAAUACUUGUAUAAACUAUGCAGAAAUUUUUAAUAAAGUGUAAUAUAUUUUAUAAGCUAAUAAGACUGAAUGGGUAAAGGUUUUUAGCAUGCAUUAGUAUACUUGCAAAUACUGAAACAUUUUGGUAAUCUUUCUUACUAAAGAUGUGAAUGUUUAAUGUACCUUCUCUGUUUCUACUCUGUAGUCCAAUGGGAAUUCAGUAAUGACAUUUUGUCAUGUCAAACUGUGAACAUAAAUUUGUACUGUACAGUCCUCAUAUACUAUAUACAGUAUGCAAUAUAUGUAUUAUAUACUUGUUAAUAAAACCAUCAGAAUAUUAA